GGUUGAAACGGUAUGCUAACUAUCGCAGGAUUGUUAGUUAGAAGAAGUGUUGUUGAUGAAGAGGAGUCUCGAGAUGCCGUGGAGUCAAAAUAACAACGACUUCGAUGGCUUGUUUCUCUGCGAGUUUCUAACAGAAUGUCAUCUUCCUGAAACAGCUGAAAUCGUGGAAGGAUAUGAAUCAAACGAAUCAAUCCAACGAUCGUGGUCUCAAGGCGAAAUUGUGCACCUUCACGCCAUGAAAGAUCUACCUCAAGCACUUGCUCGCGAUCAGAAGGGGAAUUUCUACAAGAUUCCCCUAAAUUAUCCUGACAAAAUAUUUGAAAGUAUUCCAAACAGAUGCAACCACGAGUAUGAAACCGUCCAAGACCUUAUUGACGACUUUCCGAAAUAUGUUCGCUCGCUCUACAAUAUACCUCAAAGUAACAUCAACGCCGGCGACAUACUUUCGCUUCAAGAAGCUUCACUAAGUAGUCAAGGCCGCACGGAACUUAAAUGCAAGGUGGUUGGGACAAAAAGGCCGAUAUUCCUCUCUUGUGAACAGCGAGGACAUUUCGAGACCCUUGAGGAAGUUCAUCCUUCUUCUUUAAGAGACGUCACAGAUCGACAUAUUCUGCCAACUCGAGUGCGUGUUCGUGCAGGUUCCAUCGGGAAGUUUAUCGGAGAAAAGCGCAUCGAGAAGAGCCUUACGAUUGUUAUCAAGGAGAUAGUAAAGGAAAAGGUUUUAAUAGCUUACACCUUAAUCGGAAAGCAUUUGAGGGUCUUGACAAUUCCAAUUAGCUUGGAAGUUCUAGUCAGACGAAUCGAGUCAAACAUAGAUCCAAAGGUGCUCGCUGAAAUUUGUCAGCUGAUCGACAACAAAAUAAAUAUUGAGUCAGUAAUCACAGGCCGAGACGAAGAUGCAUCAUGGCUUUUUGAGAUCGGUCAGUGCGUUGAAACCUGUAGUGUAUCGUCGGAUGAUGAAACUUAUGACGAAAUAGCUCCUCCUGUUCCAUCACGAACACCAACAAAGACAAUUUCAGGUCAAAAAACAACGGUGGACAAAUCACAAUUUGAGGAUCGAUAUACAGCACCACCCAAGCCUUUUGUCAACAAGGCAGCCGUUGGAUCGGCUGCCCCUCCAGUCGCCAAGAAGCCACCCAAAGCAAAACCGUCGCAAGGGAAAUCUUUAGUCCUAAACAAUGAAGAGGAAGAGGCUCUAUACGAUGAUAAUUAUGAAUGCCUUUCAUUCAACAAGUCCAAAUCUACAAAAGCAUAUCCUAAGGAUCAAAAGAAGAGCCUGAACCUGGUUUUACCUCCAGUUGCCAUAAGGCCAAAUGUGACUCAAAAUAAGAGACCUCUCAGCAAGGAGGAACGGCCCCCAACAUAUCUUUCCCCUGGUCAGUCUGCUUCUUCUUCCAAACCGCAACUUGCCGAAAAGCCUACGGUAAAACCUGCUUUAAAAAUUGGAGAGGUACAGCCUCCAAGCUCUCACCACCCUGUUUCACCAACUGUGGCGUCCGCUGGACUAAAUAAUGAGAAAAGUGCACCGACCACCCCUACCAAGUCGACUUCGCACAAGGCGGAAUCAUCAGUUGAUUUCAACCCUUCCAGAACAGUUUCCAGUGUCAGGAACCCAAGAGAUAAUAGUGGAGCUCGAGAUACAUUGAGCCAAGAACUUCGGAAUGAGCUCACGGUGAACGAAGUCUGUGAAUGGCUAACCAAGCUAGGUUUGGGCCAGUACGUUGAGACUUUUGAACAAGAAUCAGUCGACGGAAAACUUUUGCUAGAUGUGGAUGAAGAAAUGAUGAAAGAUCUUGGGAUCUCCAAUGCAUUGCAUCGAAGAAAGCUCACCAAGUUUAUCCGAGACGGUUGGAUUCCUAAAACCUCUUGAGGACGAUAGUCACGAAUGCCUGAAAUUGACGAAGUAAUUAGAACUAAAAUCAAAUUCUAGGGCAUUGUCUUUAAACAUGUGACGUAGACUUGAUCAAAACUGGAUGCAAAAAUUACUCAAGUUCGCUUGUUAUUGUCUCUUUGGGAAAAUACAAAAACUACAAAUGUAAAUAAGAGGGAAAAGUUCUUUACAGAGUUAAAGCUUUUUCGACAGUUGCAUUAAAAAUGCCGGCUCGGGGGCUUCAUCGAGACAGGUGAGCCAUAAGAUUGAAAAUCUAUUAUUCAGCCGCUAAUCUUUCGAUUUUCCUAGCGAUGAAGCAAAAAGUCGAAAAAAGCCACAACCACCGUGAAUACAGUUUUCUACUAUUUCAAGCGGUUACUUUUCGAGAUCUUUUGUAUUUGAUAGAGGGCGUAAUUCCGACCUAAAACCAUAUCAGACCUAGGAAGUAAUUCCUUGCUUCGUUGCUUUGCUCUGCUUUCUUUUUAUCUCGAGUUUGUGGAUCGAGAAAAACCUAACAUGCCAAGGCUUAUUUCUACGAUCAGGAAGACGAGUUCUGAACCGGAAAUAGUAAAACUUUUGACUUAAUUCUUUUUUUUAGUCUCGAAAAUCCUAAAUGGGCAUCGUGACUUUUUACAUGGAUAAAACUGUAUUCGUCUUACGCUGUAGACGUGUUAUUUUUGUUUAAAACUUUUGAUAAACGUUUCAAAUAGUCGAGUCGCUCCUUCCUGACCGAAUUGUUUGUACAAAGCAUUAUUUGAGAGAUACGAAGAACUUAAGAAUACUAUUUCCCCCAAAUGGAACUCAAUAAAGGUGAAAUAUGGUCAAGUUA